AACAAUGACUCUAGUUCAAUUGUCUCUCGACAAUUUUCUGAACCACGAAGUUCUUAUCGCGUGAAACUGAUUGAAAACUACCUUCACUAGCCUGUUACUGAAAACCCAACUAUACUUAAAUUCAUUGCUCAUAUGUUUGCAAUGUAAAAUGUUACUUCGCUCCUAUAUGUUAAAUAUAAAUUCAGGAUACCAUUUGUGGAUACCGUUUAUGGAUACCAACAGUUGAUAAACUUAAGUUUUCUUUUGUAUGAUUGAAAUCAUUCUGUGUACGUUGUGGAUACAGCAGAGACUUAAACAUCAAAGGGCUAAUUAAUAAAUAAUAUCGUCAUUAUUGCGUGGUCUCGAAUCUUAAUGAAUUGAUAAUAGAUAUUGAAGCCAGUUGAAUAUCAAAUUCCAGAGUGUAUUGUUCUUGUGACUACCUGGCCGCCAUCUUACUGCCUAUCCCCAACCCGUCAAAUACAUACAUAUCUACCCGGCGCAUAAAAGGUCGUAAGUUCCAGGCGUCGGAGCAACUAUAGCGAUUGCGCGUAUCCCGUACAGUGUGUCGAUGCCGGCAAAGGUGUAAGCAAAUAGCAAAGCUCGCGAGUAGAGUAGUAUCAGUCGACAACAUCGCGUUGCCGGUGAACACUUUUGGAUCGGCCAGGUGACGGACGAUACUAAUUAGAUCCGCCCGUGUCGAUCUAGCGAGUUUUUCUAUCAAAUUCUGCCGUAAGUAAGCGAACGUGCCGAAAAACACCGGACGGUCGAACUCGAUCAACAUUCAACGUACAUUUCAACGUAGUACCGGUUCAAUAUUCCUCAGAGACGAGUUUAAAAUUGAUUAACUAGCCUCAGAAGAUUCCUACAACACUCUAGAGACGUUUGCGCUUCGAUAAACACGUCGUUUAGAUGCAAGCUCAAGAUAGAUGUCUAGCAAAACUAAAAAUCCUAAAAAAAUGCAAUCCAGACAGAUAUUGAAUGUGAUCCACCGACUGCUCGAGUUUACAGUCAGACACAUAAUUAAAUUUAUUGCCUUGAUAAAAGGUCCUGCUGACCAUCAGCCUCCUAUAAAGGACCUAACUUUGUUAAAUAGUGCAACAGCCUUAGCAUGUAAAAUUAGGAAUAAACAGUUGACUUCAGAGAGUGUAGUACAAUCAUAUAUAGAUAGAAUAAAGGAAAUUCAACCCGUGUUAAAUUGUGUAGUGGAGGAUCGCUUUGAAGAUGCUCUAGAAGAUGCACGAAAGUGUGAUGAACUCUUAAGAUCUGAAAAUGCUCCGUCACUGCAAGUAUUAGCUGAGGAGAAACCCUUUUUUGGAGUGCCUUUCACAACAAAGGACUGUAUAGGAAUAGCGAACAUGAAGCAAACAGCUGGUCUAGUUGCUCGUAAACACGUAGUUGCCGAACGUGACGCGGAAGCAAUAAAUUUAAUGAGAGCCGCAGGAGCAAUCCCCCUUGCCACAACAAAUAUUUCAGAGUUAGCGAUGUGGUGGGAAAGUAGUAACUGUUUAUAUGGUACUACAAAAAAUCCGUACAACACCAGGCACAUUGUUGGAGGUUCGUCAGGAGGCGAGGGCUGCAUACAAGCGGCAGCUGGCUCGCCAUUGGGAAUCGGUUCGGAUAUUGGAGGUUCCAUUCGCAUGCCAAGUUUUUUCAACGGAAUUUUCGGACAUAAACCUUCGAAAGGCAUUGUUUCAAACGAUGGUCAGUAUCCAAGCACUCACAGCGAGGACCAAGCACAAUUGCUCGCCAUUGGUCCCAUGUGUAGAUACGCUCAAGAUUUGAAGCCUACUUUAAAAGUUCUUGCAAACAAGAAUGCAUACCUUUUACGUUUAAAUGAAAAUGUAGACAUUUCGAAAAUUAAGUUCUAUUAUAUGGAAGAGGAUGGCGGUCAGUACUUGACGUCACCGGUAGACCCAGAGAUAAAGACGGCCAUGAGGGAUGUGAUCCGUUAUCUCAAAAUGGCACAUAAGGUUAAUGCCACCAAGGUCGAUAUUAAGAAAAUGAAAAAGAGCAUCACUCUUUGGACGGCGAACAUGACUUGCAAAGACGAGAAAAACUUCUUGUACGAACUGACCAAUCGGAAAGGUCACAUUAACAUUUGGUGGGAGUUAUUGAAGUGGAUGCUCUUCAUAAGCAAUCAUACGUUGAUAGCACUUUUCACUGCCAUGUUCGAAAGGUUUGCUGUGAAAUAUGGGAGCAAGAAACAUACUCAACUGAUCCAAGAAAGUAAGGAACUCAGUCAGGAAUUUCAGGACAUUUUGGGAGAGGACGGUAUAUUUUUGUAUCCGACACAUCCAACUGCUGCACCGAUGCACCAUGAACCGCUCAUUAAGCCAUUCAAUUUUUCAUACACUGCGAUUUUUAAUGUACUAGGCUUGCCCGCCACUACUUGCCCGUUAGGAUUAAACGCGCAAGGGCUUCCUAUUGGCAUUCAGGUCAUCGGUGGUUUGUAUCAAGAUCGUUUAACAAUAGCAGUGGCAGAAGUAUUGGAGCGACGUUUCGGAGGAUGGGUUUCGCCGGCAAUCCUAGCUUAAACUUUCUGUCUACUAGACAAUAAUGCGAGCGCGAAACCACAACUCAGUCAUCGCUAUCUUUCGGUACAAGAAAUUUCUACUCUUGUAAUUUCGUAACAGUACAGUACAAACUCUGGUAUUGAAAAAGUAUAAUGUCUGCUUCUGAAUGACUUUUGUUGAAUAUAUUUAUGAAUACACAACGAGAGGGAGGGAAGUACAUUAUGACUGUGAAUAUAAAAAUCAGUCAUAGUUGUUUCUGUAUUAAUAUGAAUGUUUAAAUACCGUUUACAAUAACGUUUCUGAAUUGUAUAUUCGGAUAUAAACAUUACCAUGAAAAAAACAUUUAUUUUCACAUACUGACUGCACCAAUACUGUCGUUUCCCCGUUAUUAAUAAUAUAAGAAAUAUAGAAGUCACUGUCGGUUCUAUAAUCGACUAACAUUGCAUUUCGUCAAGCGCGGUAUUAUAAUCAAACUGAAUUGUACGUUUCGAAAUUAGAUUUCGAAUAAAGAGAACGUACAUAAUUUUCGUAACUGCAUAUACAUAUUUAUAUUUAUAAAUUUAUGUCGAACGAUUUUUUUUGUAAUUAAAGAUCAGUGUCCACAGGAUAUAUGUAUAAUAACAUUUGUACAUAAGCAAACUGUUGCAUUACAUUUGACUACCGUUUUUUAUAUACCUCAUCAUAGAUCUCUACGUAGGAUUUUCUAUUUUCAUACGAUUUUAAACAGAAGGCAUGGAAAAGUAAUAUAUUGAGGGUGGAGGAAGGUGGGUGCAUGUAUGUAUGUAUGAAAGUGCGGACAAGAUGAGGAAUAGAAAAAGUAUUGUAAGUAGUACGGUAUUUUCAGCAAUGAAAGGUAUUAUAAAAAGAUUCUAUGUUUAUAAUGUGUAUUGCUGUUAAAAUCAUAUACAUAUAUAUUUUAUGUAUUAAAAUAAUAAAUUUUUAUUCCAUUAUUC